GGCGGAAGCGAGGGGGCGGUGUCUGGGUGGCGGCGGGAUGGAGCCGGAGUGGGAGCCCCGCGCUGAGUGCUCAGGUUUCAAAAGCCAGAGAGAGAAUUUCCCCUGCCGAAAGCAGCAGUGACCCACUGAGGCAACUUCUAAGGUCAUAAUGAAGCUGAUGAAUAGAAGAGACCCCUAUGUUCGAGAGGUCAUCCGGUUUGCAGUGUGUUGCAGGGCCCUGACACUUGUGCUCCAGGCCCUGUUUAACUUCUUGAUCCCGGAUCAUGCAGCAGAUGCCUUCUCUCCUCCCCGUCUGUCAGAACCCAGCCUCUGUGAUUGGUUGUCGGAAUGGCUGUUGGGGGGCUUGUCGCACUGGGAUGCAGAGCACUUCCUGUUCAUAGCUGAGCAUGGCUACCUGUAUGAGCACAACUUCGCCUUCUUCCCAGUGUACCCCCUCAGUGUGCGAGCCGUGGCAAAGGUCAUCCUGUGCCCUCUGCAAGGGCUACUGUGUUUACGGAGCCGCCUGCUCUUGUCAGCGGUGCUUUUGAAUGCUCUCCUCUCAGUCCUGGCAGCUGCUGUCCUCUAUGAGCUGGGGUGUGUGGUGCUGCGGUGUCGCCGGAUGGCCUUCCUCUCUGCUGUCCUCUUCUGCCUCACCCCCGCCAAUGUGUUCAUGACAGCCGCUUACUCAGAAAGCAUGUUUGCUUUCCUGGUGUUCAGUGCCAUGCUGCAGCUGGAGAAAGGGCAGAGCUGGACCAGCGGACUGCUCUUCUCCCUUGCUGCUGGUGUGCGCUCCAACGGGGUGAUCAACACCGGCUUCCUCAUCUAUUCCCAGAGUAAAGACCUUGCCCUCCAACUCCAGACAGGUGCUGGGACUGUAAUGAAGCUGCCUCGGGUCUGGAGACGACUCCUCCGCUUUGCAGCUUCCGUGGUUCUGAUGUCUGCUGGGGUCUUUUUCCCUUUUGCUUUGUUUCAGUCCUAUGCCUACUUGAGAUUCUGCACUCCUGACGCCCGUUCUGAACAUGCUGUUCCCAGGCCGCUAUUGCAGCUGGCUGUGGAUAAAGGGUAUCGUCUAGCGGCCAUGAGUGGGAUGAAACCUGCGUGGUGCUCCCAGGGGCUCCCUGUGGUCUAUUCUUACAUUCAAGAUGUUUACUGGAAUGUGGGCUUUCUAAGGUACUUUGAGCUUAAACAGGUACCCAACUUCCUGCUUGCUGCGCCGGUUACUGUGCUGGGCUUUUGGGCCACCUGGUUCUACCUCACUGCAAAUCCCCAGUACUGCUUAAUGCUUGGCCUAGUGAGAAGAAAGAAGGAAGGAAGGAAAGGAGAGGACUCUGAUAAGCCAGUGGAUGGAUUUCGCUGCACCAGUGUCUUCGUUUACGUGGUCCAUGCCAUGGCUCUUCUGGCCUUCGGAAUCCUCUGCAUGCAUGUGCAGGUUGUAACCAGGUUCCUAGGCUCGUCUACACCAGUCUUGUACUGGUUCUCUGCUCAUCUGCUCCAGGACUAUGAACCUUUGCUGUGGAAAGAAGGAGCUGCUAUCCAGACUGCAGCAUCCCUCUCCAAGAAGCCCAGUGUAGGCAGCUCUUUUCCUGGAUCGUUCAGAAAAGGGAUUUCUGAAAACCCCAUCAUGAGAUUACUGCUGAAUUGGAGAAAAAGUUCCCCUCUCACCAAAUGUAUUCUGGGAUACUUCCUGUCCUACUGGCUGCUGGGGCUGAUCCUACACUGCAACUUCCUGCCUUGGACAUAGUUAGAGUUUGAGAACAUGUAUUUGUGAUGGACCUGCUAAUGGGAACAGAAUCGCUGCUCAGAAUAUAAACUCUUUUUUUAAACUUGA